AUGAAGUCUGCUGCCUACACUCUCGCCUCUGCCAUCCUUGCAGGAUGCGUUGCGGCCUCUAGCUGCGAUGCCGACAACUGCUUGCGUGUUUUCCGGGCGACCAACAUCACCGGUCGUCUGCAGAGUGCCCAAGAGUUCUGCUCCAUGUACACGGCUACAGGCACCGCGGCAGCUACUGCGGUCAUCCCGGAUUACGCUGCGACUGCGUGUGCGAGCAACCAGGUCGGCCCCGAGUCUUUCCGGAUCUCGAGUGCCUGCUCGUGCAUUGCCACCAGCACAGCGACGCCAACAGCAACCGCAUCUCCCACGACUGCGAACCCUUGUGCUACUGUCAGCAGUCUGUGGUCUGCUGUGGCUGCCGUUAGUCCCACCCCAACAAUCCCGGCUGCUCUUGCCUACGAGUGUCUGCGUUCGGUUCCCCUCCACAAGGACGAUGCCAUUGAGCUCGUGGAAUCUAUUGAGCCGUACCUGGAAUGGCAGACGGAUGCGGCCUACAAGGCUGACCCGCCGGCUACCUACUUCUACCCGGCAUACGACAUGUUUGCUACGCUUGCUGAGAUCAAGACCAUGCUUGAGAAUGAUAUGUACACUUCGGAGUACGAUUUCCAGGCGGACCUGUAUGCCAAGGUCUUUGGCCAAGGCCAUGACGGCCACUUUGUCUUCUACCCGGACCUUCUGACCAGGAUCUUCCAAUUUGGCCGCCCGUACUCUCUCGUCUCGAUCUCCGAGGACGGCACAUCUCUGCCGGUCAUCAAGGUUUACGAAGACGUUCUUUCGUCGCCAAGCACGGCCUCGACCGUGACACACAUCAAUGGCAUCGAUGCGGCAAAGUACGUUGAAGACACCAUCUUCACCGCAUCUUUCAACCAGGAUCCCGACGCUGCAUACAACAGCAUGUUCUUCUCCAAGGCUUCCUCUGGUGCUUCCGAUGGAUCGGGCUUCUUUAGUGGUUCUGGUCGUAUCCGGUAUAUCUACCAGGGCGCCAACACGACCAUUACCUUUGCCAAUGGGACAGAGCUCGCCUUCGAGAACUUUGCCCAGGUCAAGACGCCGCUCAAUGGCAUCACCGAUGGCGAGUCCCUUUACACAAAGUUCUGUGGCGCGGUCGACUCUGGGGACCAGGCAACGUCGGCUUCCACUUCUUCCGGAAUUGUGGUCCCUGGUUACCCGAAUCCUAUUGCCAUCACGAAUGACUCUAUCGUGUCGUGCUACUUCCUCGAUGGCGAAGGCUAUGAGGAUGUCGCUGUUCUAUCUCUUCUGGCUUUCGAGUCAGAGUCGCCGUCUGAGUUCCAAGCCGUGCAACACGAGUGCAUCGUCAAGGCUGUGGCAGCAGGCAAGACCAAGCUUGUCGUCGACCUCAGCGCAAAUGGUGGCGGCUACAUCCUCCAGGGCUACGAUUUCUUCCGCCAACUGUUCCCACACAUCGUGCAGGACGGCUUCUCGCGCUGGAAGGAGAACGACGGCUUCAUGGCCGUGUCGAAGAUCUACAGCGACCUUGUGGCUAAAAUCGACCCUUCCACUUCCUCUGACAGCGAUCUGAUCGAGGACUACGAGUCUUGGUUCAACUACAAAUACGACCUCAACGUCACUGACCAGCCGUUCCUCACGUUUGAGGACAAAUUCGCCCCGCGUGUGUACAAGAACACCAACUACACGGCCGUUAUGCGCUGGAAUCUGACUGAUCCGCUGACGACGUCCAACUGGACCUACGGCCUGGGCAUGGAAAUCAGCGGCUACGGCUCGCUGGCCAACCUCACGCAGCCGUUUGAGGCCGAAAACAUCAUCCUGGUCUACGACGGCUACUGCGCAUCCACCUGCACGAUAGCGUCCGAGAUGCUACGGAUCCAGGCCGGCGUCCGGUCUGUCGCCUUUGGCGGCCGUCCUAUUGAGGGCCCUAUCCAGGGAGUUGGCGGCAUCAAGGGAUCGCAGACGCUUAGCUAUUCAGACAUUCACAGCGAGGUGCAAAGUGCCAUAUCCAACACAGAGGACGCCGAGCAACUGGCUGCUCUGCAGCGAUACACUGAGACUCCGAUCAAGCGGUCGUCGGCUGCGGCUCUCAACACGCGCGAUCAAAUCCUGCGGGACAACCUCGAGGACGGCCUUCCCGCCCAAUAUGUGGUCGAGGAGGCCGACUGUCGGCUGUACUGGACUGAGGAGAUGAUCACAGACGUGACCGCCGUCUGGAAGGGUGCAGCCAAUGCUGCCUUCAACGGCGGGAAAUGCGCGGCCGGCAGCAUCCCGCAGUCGAAGAAGAAGAGGACCAGCCGGAUCGAAGGAAAGCGGCACGUCAACCUGGGCAAGGGCUUCGUCGACUUCAACCGCAUCGAGCGCAGAACAGAGCAGAGCCGGGUGAAGUUCGACGCAAGAUACAACCAGAAGGUCAUUGUCUAG